AGUUUUGGAAAAGAUCACAGUAUGUUGAGCAAAAUUUUACUCGCUUUAGGAGUUGUGUUGGCUAUCUCAGCUUUGGGUAAGAAAAUUUAUAAAUUUUCAGUGACUUGAAUCACAAUGCUUGAUAAUGUUCCUUGCCAGCAAUAUACAGUUAUCUGAAAAGAUGUGGGAAUUGCUAUAUCUCUCAUAGGAUAAUGUAAUUGCUUGAUAUUGCUAGCUAUUUUAAACACGUCGCCAGCAGCCGAUUUUGACUUUGGAGGAAAUUAAUUUCCUGCGCAAAAUGUUUUGCAAUUAUGCACAUUUUCAGUCUGGCUGCUGGGGGUAUGACAAUUCAAUUUGCAAGUAAAGAUCUACUGCAUUGUUUUUUUGUUUUGUUUUAGGGAGUGCUCUGAAAUGCAAUGUUUGUGCAUACUGGACAACACAGCCAAAAGAACAACAAAUAUGUACUGGUGGCCCACGCACCUGUCGAUACGAUCAUCCAUAUUGUUACACAACAUCUAUUACUUACCAAAAUGGCACAGAAGCUGUUGAAAGAAGCUGUGGCACCAGUGUUAUUUGCUACAACACUGAAAGAUCGUGUAACGUUUUAACCAGACUAUUGGGUCUGACAUCGUGUGCUUUUGAAUGUUGUACUACCUAUAAUUGCAACAAUUAUACCCCCAGCAGUGCAACUGGUGUCAUGGUGACCAAGUUUACUCUUUCCUUGAUGGUGAUUGUUGGUUUUAUUUUUGCAUGACUUGAUGUACUUUGCGUUUUGACUGUGUAGUUUUAC